UCAUUAAUGUGAGGGAUUCUUCAAAAACACAGAUAAAAAGUGAUGUAAAUACAACGCUAAACGAAGAAAGUCCAACUGCAACUUUAGAAUCGGGACCUCGUUAUUGUUCUCCAAAAUGUCAAACUGAAAAUCGGACUAAAGGACAUUCCUCAGUAUGUAAAGCUGCACAUGCUGGUCAACUCUCGAAUGUAGAAAGUGGUAGUGAAGGAAGCGUUACUAUUAACCAAUAUUAUAGACCUUAUGGUUGUGGUACUUUUACUUCUUGGGGUUAUGGGAAAUCUUUUAAUGAAUUAGGUGUUGUAUUUAAUUAA